AUGGCGGACGAAAAAGCUCCCGAGGUUGAUUACACCCUCAACAACCCCGACACCUUGACCAAGUACAAGACCGCCGCGCAGAUUUCCCACAAAGUCCUCGAGGCCGUGAGCGCUCUUUGCGUUGAGGGCGAAAAGAUUGUCGAGAUCUGUCAGAAGGGUGACAAGCUCCUCGACGAGGAGAUCACCAAGGUCUACAAGGGAAAGAAGAUCCUCAAGGGUGUCGGCCACCCCACCACUGUCUCCCCUAGCUCCUAUGUCACUCCCUACACCCCUCUGGUGUCCGACGUCGCCGAGGCCGAGACUGUUUUGAAGGCCGGCGAGAUCGUCAAGGUCCAGCUUGGUGCUCAGAUUGAUGGAUUCGGAACCAUUGUUUGCGACAUGGUUGUCGUCCCCAAGAAGGGUGCCGCUAAGGAAGUUGUUACCGGCCGCGAGGCUGACCUGAUUCUCGCUACCCACUACGCCAACGAGCUUCUGCUGAGACUGAUGGUUCCCCCCGGUCUUUUGGCCCAGGGUACCGACGAGGAGAAGAAGAAGGCCGCCGCCCAGAAGGCCCCUACCCAGGCCCACAUCUCUUCUCUGAUCGAGAAGGUCGCCAAGGCCUACGAGGUCAAUGUUGUCGAGAACACUACCAGCUGGCUCUUUGGCCGCAACGAGAUUGAGGGCGAGAAGAAGAUUAUUCUCUCCCCCGGCAACGGUACCCGUGGUGACGGUGUCCCCGAGGUUGGUGAGGUUUGGGGUGUUGAGGUUGGUCUCUCUCUGGGAUCCGGUAAGGUCAAGACCCUUGACCACCGCGCCACUCUCCACCGCCGUACCACCACCACCUACGGCCUCAAGCGCCCCAGCUCCCGCCAGACCCUGUCCGAGAUUGUCAAGAAGUUCGGUACUUUCCCCUUCAGCUUGCGCCAGCUCGACGACGAGAAGGCCGCCAAGGUCGGUGUUGUUGAGUGUGUCCGCAGCGGUGUCGUGCGCCAGUACGAGCCCGCCGGCGAGACUGACGGCUCCGCUGUCUCUCGUCUGUUGACCACUGUUGCCAUCACCAAGAACGGUCUGACCAAGCUGGCCGCCGCCAACCCCGUCGACCCCGAGCAGUACAAGUCGGACAAGAAGAUCGAGGAUGAAGAGAUCCUCAAGAUCCUCGAGCAGCCCCUUUCCCGCUCCACCGGCAACAAGAAGAACAAGAACAAGAAGAAGACCAAGACCACCGGUGGUGACGAGUAA